GCGCAGCGACGAGUAUUCUCUGUUGAGAGUUCGUUGUGUCGAGUUUGACUGUUACGUCUCGGUGACAAGUGAAAGUUCGUUAGGGAUAAAGUGCACGAGUGCCAUUAGUUACGCGUUUUAGUCGUCAAGUGUCGAUUGUUUACGCGACAUCGUCAAGUGCUACAUAGAAAACUCCACCAAGGAAAUGUGUCGCUCGCAGAUAGCUGACAUUGUUGAUGUGAGUGAAAACGAGGGUACUGGUAUGUCCAAAAAAUUGUUACUGAAGAACCAGAAGCGCAAGGCGAUUAAAAUGAUGCGGACAGAAGAGGAGAAGCAUUCUACAGAACCACCACCGGUUCUACCUCACGAAAUGUUGAACACCGACCUGUUGGCAGUGGCAACAUCAUACUACAGGAGUUUCAUCGACAGUGCUACAGACAUAGCUGAGAAGUGGAAAGGCACGAAAGCAUACCGAGUGAUGUUCCAAACAACACAGCCAGCCCAUGUUAUUACCAUUGUUGCUGUCAGUGUUGUCGCAAGUUUAGUUUGUAAUAAAAACAACACUGCGAAUAGUUUCAAGCCAUCACCGUGGAUUAACUUGCUCUAUUUGGGAGCAUUUAUGACACAUUUUGGAGCUCAGAUGUGGAUGACUUUUGUCUCAGGUUUAACACUAUACUUUGAAAUUCCAAGACACACGUUUGGAGUAGUACAGAAAGUGCUGUUUCCAAAAUAUUUCUCUCUGAACAGUUUUCUUAGCAUGAUAACAUUAUUUCUUUUCGUGAGGCUACAUCCCAGAAGUGAAUGGGACAGCAGUAUAGGAUUUCAGGUUUUCAUCAUGUCAUUAUGUUUCCUGCUGGAACUUGUGAUUCGUUUGUACCUUACACCACCUCUUUUGCGCCUGAUGACAGCCAAGACAGCUAUUGAGAAGGCAGCUGGUGUGGGACUAGAAGUUGGAAAACACAAUCCUGGACCCCUUGCGCACUGUCCACAUUAUGUCAAAAUGCAUCAAGCAUUUCGUAAGAUCCACAUGGCUGUUGCAAUUGGUAACAUUCUCACCAUGGCCUGCACAACAGUGCAUUUGCAUUAUCUUGCCAGCAAGAUCUGCUUUCUGUAAAAUUUGUAUCAUAUCCACCCUCUAGAAUGUGAGAGAGAUGAAGAUCUGAUUCAAACACUAUUUUCCACCGACUGAAAAAAGAAUAGAAAUUGUCUUCCAUGCAUGUUUGUUUGUUGGUGACUGAAUGAUAAAUUAUGUGAGGACUGCUCUAUGUUUUUGUUUAUAUGCCAUGUAUAUAUUUAGUUCAAACUUUCAAAUUAGGUGUAGUCAUUCAUUGUGAAGUAUUAUCCAUGUGGACAAGCAUUUUACAUAAAAUGCGAUAAUUCAUGACAUGUUGACACAUCUGAGUCAAAGUUGGCAGCCUAGUAACUGACUUUAUGGCUGGAGCUUUUAAGAAUCUCCAUUUGUGCAUGUGUUUUUGUGUGUAAAUUAAAGAUGCAAAUGUAAUUUGCUUGUAAGAGAAAAUAGUCUUGACCAAAUGGAAAGUCAUCAUCUCUUGGUCACUGGAAUGUUUAAUUUAUCAUAGAGGCAAUAUAGCCUGGUAGAGUUCCUGUUUCAGAUCAAGAUAUGAUUUAUUUUUCAGUGAAGUCAUAACAAUCAUUGAUUAAUAAGACAGUAAGCAUUGUCCUUGAGGUUUCUUAACUGAAAUCUGAAGAGAGAAGCAUGUCUUGAAUACAUGAUUAAUCUAGUCAUGUGCCAUGUCAGUCUGUUGUGCAUUUCAUUGUAAUUUAUUUGUAUAUGUUCCUUGUUCUGUUAACUUAUUUAUUAUUUUGUCAUUUAAAGAGAAAGCUGCAGACAAGAAAAUUUUUAUAUAAUUUUU